AUGGUAGAAAAAAAAAAAUAUCUUUUUAUUCAUAAUGCAGCAACAUCCUAUUAUUGUAAUCAAUGUCGUGAAAGAUUCAAAUGUAAAAAAACAGAAUCGAAAAAAGAUAAAAGUGAUCGUGAAGAUUAUUAUAAGAAAUUUGGAGUUCCUUUAUAUGAUCUUUGUAACGCUUGUCAUUGGCGUUGUAAAAACAAAAAAUGUUCAAAUUGUUGUAAUCUGAAUAAAUGUAAUGAUGUAAUCUGUGAUUACUGUAAAAAUAAUAAAAUAAAAUGUGAAAGAUCUCUACCUACGAGUCAAAUAGCAUUUGAUAAAAUAAAAGAUAAAAUUUCAUUUAUAAGUUGGCAAUAUGAGCCAAAUGAAACGGAACCAUACUCAAGACGACUAGUUGCUCUGAGAUCUGGUGAUUUAAAGAAAGAUAAAUCCCACUCGGCAUCUCAAGACUUGAAAUUCUUUUCUUUUGUUGAAACAGAUUUUUCGUUCAAUAGAGAGAUAUCUAUUAAGGCCAAAAUCUUUAAGACCUUCUAA